AUGUUACGGCCGGUGUUUUGGCGAAGGCUGGCCGCUAAAAUACCUCGCAGCAUAUCCACCGGCGGGUUACGAUGGACGUCUUCUUCGCCGACGGUAGAAAAGUGUGCCGAAUAUGACGUGAUUGUCGUCGGUGGCGGUCACGCCGGGACGGAGGCAUGCUGUGCUGCUGCUAGGAUGGGUGCCCGGACACUACUCGUCACACAGAAACGGUCCACCAUCGGCGAGAUGUCGUGCAAUCCUUCGUUCGGCGGCAUCGGUAAGGGCCAUCUGAUCCGCGAGGUGGACGCACUUGAUGGGGUGUGUGCGAGAUGCUGUGACCGCAGUGGAGUCCAAUACAAGGUGCUCAAUCGGCGCAAAGGCCCCGCAGUGUGGGGUCCACGGGCGCAGAUUGAUCGAAAGCUGUACAAGCAGGAAGUCCAGCAAACUCUCGACCACACUCCGAAUUUGACCAUCGUCGAAGCUUCGGUCGAGGAUAUCGUACUCCACCGGAGCAGCAGUGAUGAGGGUCCUAGGUUGGCUGGAGUUCGAUUGGCGAACGGUGAGGCAGUAACGGCCAGCAGUCUCGUCAUCACGACGGGAACUUUCUUGCGUGGCCAGAUAAACAUCGGGCUGGAAACACGUCCCGCCGGCCGCAUAGGAGAUGAACCGGCUGUGGGCCUGGCCAAAAGUAUCGAGGAGCUUGGGUUCCGACUGGGUCGGCUGAAGACCGGAACUCCACCACGCAUCCACCGGGAUUCGAUACGGUUCGAGACGUUGACACGACAUCCGGGAGAUAAUCCACCGGUUCCCUUUUCAUUCUUGAACGACCGUGUGUGGCUCGAGGCUACCGAGCAGCUGGACUGUUUCCUCACACAAACCACACCGAAAGUGAACGAAAUCGUACGGCGCAAUCUGCACCGUAACCGACACGUCACCGAGGAGCUGACCGGUCCGCGUUACUGUCCCUCGAUCGAAUCAAAGGUGUUGCGGUUCGGGGUCAAACAGCACCAAGUUUGGCUCGAGCCGGAAGGUUUCGACAGUGAGCUGAUCUAUCCGAACGGGCUCUCCUGUACGCUUCCCGAGGAGGAGCAAGUCGAACUCGUACGCUGUUUAAAGGGGCUCGAGGCGGCAGAGAUCGUCCGACCGGGCUACGGUGUCGAGUAUGAUUUUGUCGAUCCUCGCGAACUGUUUCCGACUCUCGAGACGAAGCGCGUUCGGGGCCUGUUUCUUGCCGGCCAGAUUAACGGAACGACGGGGUACGAGGAAGCAGCUGCACAAGGAUUGCUAGCCGGAGCGAAUGCGGCUGCAAAGGCUCUUUCGAAGGAACCGCUCACCGUGAGUCGUACCGAAUCGUACCUGGGUGUGCUUGUGGACGAUCUGACGACGCUCGGAACGAACGAACCGUACCGGAUGUUCACAAGCAGAGCCGAGUUUCGGCUUAGCCUGCGACCAGACAAUGCCGACCUUCGGCUCACGGAGAAAGGUUACGCCGUAGGUCUCGUAUCGGAAGACCGCUAUCAUCGUACCGUGUCCAUCCGGGAACGACUUGCCAGGGCCAUCGAGUUGCUGCAGGACAUCAAGCGAGGAAGCAAUCAAUGGCGGGCAGCGAUGCGUCUGCCACCAGCGAAGGCUAGCGUAUACAAGAGUGCCUUCGAGAUGCUAGCCAUAUCCAACGAUGAAAUCACGACCGAACGUUUGUGUGCGGUGGAACCGUCCGUGCUCGGAUGGAUUCUGGACGAUCCGGAACUGUGCCGACGGUUGAAGAUCGAAGCUCUGUACAGUCUUUCCAUCGAAGACCAGUCGCGCGAAGUUGAGGAAGUGCAGCGUAACGAAAAUCUUCGAAUACCAGUGGCCAUCGACUAUCUAUCAAAAUCACUGAAUCUUUCCUUCGAAGAACAGGAAAAACUUCUCCACAUUCAACCUCAAACGAUUGCAGCCGCCAGCCGGAUACAAGGCAUUACACCGUCCUCCAUCGUUCGGUUGGUAAAGUAUGUGAAACAGCACGAUUUGGUUACAGCCCCACAGCCACGGGCUGUAUAACACGUUCGUCACGUAGUUACAAGACUUAAGGUUGUUAUUGUCUGAUGAUAAAUAAAUAUUUAAAUAAAUAACCGAUCGCUACUAAACACAGUAUCGGUAGA